AUGCAGGUCAAGGAUGAGAGCAAGACGUUCCACCCCGAGGAGAUCUCGUCCAUGGAGCAGGACCAGGUGGUUGAGGCCUUCAUCACCAAGGAGUCCAAGGACGCUAUCUCAAUGGCUCGCACCAUCGGACAUGUGCGGCAACUACUUCCAAAGGUGAUGGACCCCUUUGGAAAGGUUGUUCCGCGACGCCAAGCUGUCCAAGAGCGAGGUGCACGGGGUUGUCCUGGUGGGCGGCUCCACCCGUACCCCAAGGAGCAGCCGCUGCUGUCGGACUUCUUCAACAACAAGGAGACCAUCAAGUCCAUCAACAGCUACGCGGCUGUGGUCUACGGUUGUUUGCCGUUCUAA